AUGGAGCCGUCGUCGUCCAUCACGUUUGCGUCCUCGUCGUCGUACCUGUCCAACGGCUCCAGCCCCUGUUCCGCCGCGCUGCCGCCGCCGGGGCCGCCCCAGGCUCCCCCCUUGGCUGCCGGCGAGGGAUGGGGUGGUGGAGUCGCUACCGCAGGGAGCGGAAGCAGCGUGGAGGCGGUGAGCCUGAACCGCCUCAGCAAGAACCUCGAGCGGCUGCUCCUCGACCCGGACCUAGCCUGCAGCGACGCCGACGUCGGGGUGCCCGACGGCGGGCCGCCCGUACCCAUCCACCGCUGCAUACUUGCCGCGCGCAGCGACUUCUUCUACGACCUCUUCGCCGCGCGCGGCCGCGGUGGGGCAGCGCGCGGUGAUGCGACCGCCGGCGCCGGAGGAGCAGCGGAGGGGGCUGCCAGUGGAAGGCCGCGGUACAAGAUGGAGGAGCUCGUGCCCGGGGGACGCGUGGGGCGGGAGGCCUUCCAGGUGUUUCUGGGGUACAUGUACACCGGCAAGCUCCGGCCGUCACCGGUCGACGUGGUCUCUUGUGCUGACCCAGUGUGCCCUCACGAUUCGUGCCCGCCGGCCAUCAGGUCCGCGGUCGAGCUCAUGUACGCGGCGUGUACCUUCAAGAUCCCCGAGCUCACCUCGCUCUUCCAGCGCCGGCUUCUUAACUUUGUAGACAAGACUCUAGUGGAGGAUGUCAUUCCUAUUUUGAAAGUUGCUUACCACUCAGGGCUGACUCAAGUGAUCGACAAAUGUAUUCAAAGGAUUGCUAGAUCAGAUCUUGACGAUAUAUCUUUGGAUAAGGAACUCCCUCCAGAAGCUGUUGAGGAGAUAAAAAAUUUGCGCAAGAAGUCACCAACUGCUGAUGGCGAUGGCGAUGCGUUCAUUUCGGACCCUGUGCAUGAGAAAAGAGUAAGAAGAAUCCACAGGGCACUCGACUCUGAUGAUGUUGAGCUUGUGAAGUUGCUUCUGAAUGAGUCUGAUAUCACAUUAGAUGAUGCCAAUGCAUUACACUAUGCUGCUUCUUACUGUGAUUCUAAAGUUGUCUCAGAGCUAUUAGAUUUGGCGCUGGCUAACUUAAAUUUGAAGAAUAGCCGUGGAUACACAGCACUCCACUUGGCUGCUAUGAGGAGAGAACCAGCUAUCAUUAUGUGUCUCCUUAACAAAGGGGCAAAUGUAUCACAACUGACAGCUGAUGGCAGGAGCGCAAUUGGUAUCUGUCGGAGGUUAACAAGAUUAAAAGACUACAAUACAAAGAUGGAGCAGGGUCAAGAAUCAAAUAAAGAUAGGCUGUGUAUAGAUAUUCUAGAGAGGGAGAUGAUGCGAAAUCCUAUGGCGGUGGAAGAUGCUGUCACCUCGCCUUUAUUGGCAGAUGAUCUUCACAUGAAGCUUCUCUACCUGGAAAACAGAGUUGCAUUUGCUAGAUUGUUCUUUCCUGCUGAAGCCAAGGUCGCCAUGCAAAUUGCACAAGCAGACACCACAGAAGAAUUCGGCGGUAUAGUUUCAGCAAGUACUUGUGGUAAACUGAGGGAGGUCGACCUUAAUGAGACGCCAGUCACACAAAACAAAAGACUCCGUUCAAGGGUAGAUGCACUGAUGAAAACAGUGGAAAUGGGCCGUCGGUACUUCCCGAACUGCUCGCAGGUGCUGGACAAAUUCCUGGAGGACGACCUGCCAGACGGGCUGGACCAGUUCUACCUCCAGAGGGGCACCGUCGACGAGCAGAAGGUGAAGAGGAUGCGCUUCUGCGAGCUGAAGGAGGACGUGCUGAAGGCCUUUAGCAAGGACAAGGCGGACAGCAGCAUGUUCUCGGGCCUGUCUUCGUCGUCGUCGUGCCCUCCACCCCAAAAAUCCGCCAAGAGGUGA